UGCCCGGCGCUCGGGGCGCCCUGAUAGACAGAACUUCCACCCAGCCGAUCACAAUACUGGACAUCUCCACUAAAACUAGUUACUGGAUUCUUUCCAUCAAGCUUACUUUGAUUGGAAAACCAAAGCUAUGAUCAGCGGGAUCUAUUUGUGUGUGUUUCUGGCCGUUCUGUCCUCGGGCUGCUUUGGUCGGCUCAGCAGUGGGACUGAUGUUGGCCCCACAGAUGGUGAGCUCCAGCAAAGUGCACCCAUGUACCCAGGGAAGAUUCAACGGCCUUACUUCACUGGCCAGGUGAAACCAGUUCUGAACAGUGAGCAAAAAGCCAGCUUGGGAAGCUUGCUCACUAGAUACCUCCAGAGAGUCAGGACUGGUUCUCUGGGAGCCCUGCAGAAACAGGACCUGCCCCACAGGAUAACUGAUAGAGAUUACAUGGGAUGGAUGGAUUUUGGUCGGCGCAGUGCUGAAGAGUAUGAAUAUUCAUCAUAAAGUAUAACUAAAACCCAAAUGUAUCAGAUUCUGUACAGAAAAUUUAAUUUGUGUCACUGUUUGGAAUUCUAUUUAUUAUGGUAAAUAAUGCAAAUUGGUUUCUAAGAUUGUAUAAUGCAAUAUACACACAGGACUUUGCAGAUUUGCCUUUAAUUCUGGCCAAUUUCUUAUAAACAGUAAUGUUACAAGGCUGAAAUAAUUUAAUUGCUCAUCUGUCAAUAUUUAGUACAUCUCAAUAAAAGAAGCAAAACAGAAACUAUCUAUAA